AUGGCGGCGCAGGAGCGGCGGCGGCGACACUGGAGAGGAGUCACGUGGGCCGGCCGCGGCUUAUAUACCCUGACGAAGCCCCGCCCACGCCCGCGCUCGCGAGAGCGGAUUCGCCCUUUCCCAGCAGCCCCCGCGCGCGCGGCGGACGUCGGCGACGUCCUUGAGCGCGCGCGGCGCGGGGCAAGAUGGCGUCCGCCACUCGCAUCAUCCAGCGGCUGCGGAACUGGGCUUCCGGGCGAGACCUGCAGGGGAAGCUGCAGCUGCGGUACCAGGAGAUCGCCAAGCGCCACCUGCCCGCCCAGCAGCUUCCAGUGCCGGCCCAGCGGGGUCUGCGUGCACCUGGACUGGCGCUGCGACUCGGACCCCGACUGCCCGGAUGGCAGCGAUGAGGAGGCCUGCACCGUGCAGCCCGCCCCCGCCGCCAGCCCCUGCCCCUGCGCGGACCUGCGCGACUGCCAGGCCGCGGGCCACCUCCACCGAGGCCUCUACAACUGCAGCCGCCAGCCCUGCCCGGCCGGGGAGCUGCGCUGCCCGCGGGACGGGACCUGCAUCCCGCUCACCUGGCUCUGCGACGGCCACCGCGACUGCACCGACGGCGACGACGAGCUCGACUGCGGAACUGAACCUCUCCGGGAAGGGGAUGCCCCGUCUAUGGCGACAGUGGCUGCCAUCCUGGCGAACGUCACCUCUUUGGGGAACUUCACAGCCACCUCCGCUGGGGGGGACCAGGGCUUCCUCCAGCCUGGGAGCCACAGAGCCGUCUGGGGCAUAGCUGCUGGCGGGGUCCUUCUCGUGGGACUGGCGACCACGUCCCUGGCACUGCUGUACCUCCGGUCCCGCAAGCCUCGGGUGGACCUGAAGGACUGCCUGGUGUUCUUGGAGCGGAAGACCUCGCCGCUCUGACCUGAACUGACUACCCCAGGCACAGCAAGAGGCCACCCACGGACGCCUGCAGGUCCCCGGGGGAAAGAGGACAGACAGGGCACCUGGUCUCUCCCGGAACCAAAGAUCUAGCCCCAGGACCCGCCAUGGCUGGAUGGCUCAUAGACACUCCAGUCAAAAUUCAGAGGGGGGACUCCUCUGCCCACCUGGAGCAUAUGACCCAGGUUCAAGCACGGCCCCCACCACACUGCAGGAAGCUUUGGUGCUAUGACCUCUGCCUUUAAAAUAAAAUAAAGUACUUGCUAUUCUG